UACUUCUGGGUUCACCACAAUGACUUCCGUGUUUUCAACCAAGGUUUGGCCAGUCCAUCACAAGGCCCGGUUUAGCGGAGUUGUAAACACAGUAAGCAACCGACGGGAUUAUCGUUGAAACGGCUCAUUCUUUAUGGUUCAGAUUUUUUGAGCUCACACUCUGAAUGGGCCAGCUGGUAACAUCCUUUGGGCCUCUACGUGUAAUAUCAGUCCACGAUGACCGGUAACUUCCGUAGCUACAUUUGGGACCCAGUCCUCAUUGUGAGUCAGAUUGUGCUGAUGCAGUGCAUCUACUACAGCUUCCUGGGCCUGUGGUUGGCAGGAGUGGACAGUCUGGUGCAAACUAGUCGGUCACUGGACCAGAUCUUUAGCUAUGAAGCUCUUGGUUUUGCAACAAUACAGGGCAGGCUCUCAAUGAUGGCGUUCAUAUUGAAUUCACUUACCUGCGCACUUGGUCUGUGGUUCUUCGUCCGUCGAGGGAAACAGUGCCUGGACUUCACAGUCACUGUGCACUUCUUCCACAUGAUUGGCUGCUGGAUCUAUAAUGCUCAUCUUCCAGGUGCCCUGUCCUGGUGGCUCGUCAAUGUGGCCUGCAUGGCAUUGAUGGCUGUAAUUGGAGAGUACCUGUGCAUGCGGACUGAGCUCAGGGCUAUUCCAGUCAAUAGUGGACCCAAAUCUAACCUUUGAAUUUUUGUUGACGCCACGCUGAAAAUUGGUGGACGCUUAACCCUCGAGGAACUUGCUCAGAGAAGGUUUUUCGCUGCUGGCAAAAGAAAUGGAACAUGAACCGCCAUCAGCAUAUAUAUAUAUAUAUACAUAUAUAUAUAUAUAUAUAUAUAUAUAUAUUGGAUUGAACGUCAAGUGAUUCACCAGAUGAACUGACCUAUUUAUUCAUAACUGUCCAUUAAAUGUUGGACAGUAUUAACUGUGUAGCAUAUUAAGAUACAGAUUUUAAGGCUUAUCAAAAGAGACGUCAGUUUACACCCUUCUCUCAACCGGAUGACUAUAGCUUUUUGUUAGUAAUUCUUAUUUUGUGAGUGUUAAUAUUCAGUACAUUAGCAUGAACAUCCUAUUGCCUCAUCUAAAGACAUUUUAAGAUUGAUGAUAUUUGUUCUCUUUUUACACCCAUAGGAAAUCUUCAGAGCAAAUAUGAGAGAGCAAAUGUCAACAACAGACAGUGUUGCUCUCUCUUUGCAUUGGUAUAAUUACAAGGUGGCCGCGUUGGCAAACAAACAUCAUGGUUGCUAUGUUAUGUAAAGGAUACUUUGGUUUUAAAAUUAAAAUCUUCCACUUACA